AUGGGUAAUGAAAAUAGCCUUCCCAUGGAACUGUGUUCCACAUUUGAUAUGGAUGAAAUAAAACGUCUGGGAAAACGCUUUAGGAAGUUGGAUCUUGACAACUCUGGAGCUCUUAGCAUUGAUGAGUUUAUGUCAUUGCCAGAAUUGCAUCAGAACCCACUUGUUCAGAGAGUCAUAGAUAUAUUUGACACAGAUGGCAAUGGAGAAGUUGAUUUUAAAGAAUUUAUUGAAGGAAUUUCCCAAUUUAGUGUCAAAGGUGAUAAAGAGUCAAAACUGCGAUUUGCAUUCAAAAUUUAUGACAUGGACAAAGAUGGUUAUAUAUCCAACGGGGAACUGUUUCAAGUAUUAAAGAUGAUGGUUGGAAAUAACCUGAGAGACACCCAACUCCAGCAGAUAGUGGACAAAACUAUUAUCCAUGCUGACGCUGAUGGCGACGGAAAGAUCUCUUUUGAGGAAUUUUGUGAUGUCGUAGGAAAUAUGGAUGUUCACAAGAAAAUGGUUGUGGACGUGUAG